UAUCCGCCAUGUUGCGAUAACCUUAACGUUCCUGAUGUAAACGAGAUACUUAGCGACUUAGCAUCUUGUUCGGUACAUUUUGAGAAACAUAACUCAAUGCAGUCAAUGUUUAUUUAAGUUCUUGUGCAUUCAAGGCAUUUUCCUGUUAUGGCUUCCAGUGUCCAAGAUGAUGAGUUUGAUGAGUAUGACAAGCCGGGCGCCGAGAGGUCGCGCAGAAGAAGAGGAGACGACGAUCUGGACAGUGACUUGGAAGGCGACUUACUUGAAGAGGAUUGGCUUACAGCCAGAAAGAAUACCUCUGAUGCGUCGGAUGAAGAGCUGAACGAUGACCUUCUACAGAGUGACGAGGAGGAUGAAAACGUCAGUGGACAGGGUGGAUCUCUGAGCCUCAAUGCUACAGCUGGCCUGAGCGCCUCCUUUCACCUCAACGAGGAGCCCCUGGAAGACCCCGAGUACACAGAGGCCCAUGAGGGCCUGGAGGAAGAGGGCUACGAGGGGGUCGACGGGGCCGGGGGCUACACGGACGAGGGCUACGGCGGUCACUACGGAGACCAGGACGGCGGGCUGGUGGAGGACCAGGCGGAAUAUGCCGGGGAACAGGCGGAGGACGAGGUCUACCAGGACGAGGUGUUGGACAUCGGGAUCGAUGACCCUUUAGACGACGAAUUUCAAGUGGAUGAGUACUCUACAGACUACAGCACUGAACAGCUCCCGGUGCAGGAGGAGCAGGAAGAGCCUGAGAUUGAGGAGCCUGCAGACUCCUCCCAGAUCAUGGAAGCUGAAGAGAUGGAGAACGAAACGGAGCAGGAGGAAGACCUGAAGGAGGAGUCUGACGAAGAGGACGACGAGGAUGAAGAAUCGGGUCGGCUGCGCUUUAAAACCGAGCGGAAAGACGUCACCGUCGUCCGGCUGUCCGAUGCGGCCAGCAAGAGGAGGAACAUUCCGGAAACGUUAGAACUGUCGGAGGAGGCCAAAGCCCAUCUGCUGGAGUUCGAGGAGAAGGAGCGCCAGCGGAGGCAGGGCCGCUUCGGAGGGCGAGGCAGAGGAAGAGGAGGGAGAGGAGGAAGAGGGGGCUUCCCUGGCUUCGGUAUGACCGACUUCAGGUGCGACGGAGGCGGGAGAGGAGGGAGGAUGAACAUGCAGAGACCUCCACUCAUGCCACUGCAAAUGGGCAUGCAGUCCCGGAUGCAGCCCCAGCGACACCCUCAGCAGUUCCAGCCUCCGCCCCGGGGGCCGUUUCACGAGCCCCAGCCCCUCAUCCCCCCCCACAUGUCCCACCGCUCGUCUCCCAUGCACCAGGCCCCGCUGCGGCCCCCGAUGGACCCGCCCCGCCUGCUGAGCCCCCCGCCCACCGCCCUGUCCCCCCAGCAGCCCAAAAACAUCCACAUCAACCCCCACUUCAGAGGCCCUGCAGCCUCCCCCGCCGCGCAAGUGCCCUUGAUGCCGGUGCAGAACCAGCCCAGACCAGCAGCAGGUCCCCCGAGAUUCCCAGGACCAGCGGACUUUCAGCAGCAGCAACAACAGCAGCAGCAGCAGCAACACCACGUCCCCGGAAACUACAGCCAGUCGCCCAGACCCCACCACCCCGAGCCCUGGAGGGGCCCCCCGCCCCCGCCCCCUCAGGAGCGUGAGCCUUUCUUCAUCGGGGAGCCAAGGUUCCCAGGACAGCAUAUGUUUGAUCAACAGAGCCCCUCUCCGCUCAUGAAUAACAGCCACGCCCACCCUGGCCAGAACCCCAUGGGUUUCAACCAAUCGGGGCCCGGCUUCAACCAGCAAGGGCCGCAGCCCAUGUUCCCGCGCGAGCCCAUGAGGGCCAACCUGCCGCCCCCCGGGCCCCUGGGCAUGCCCGGCCUGGGGCAGCACGGCCCGCCCAACCCCCGCCACUUCCUGCCCCAGCGGCCGCAGUUCCCCCAGCCGGGGCCGCCCCUCCAGCACCAGCACCAACACCCGCACCAACACCAGCAUCAGCACAUGCAGUACGGCAUGCAGGUACGCCCCAGAGGGCUGAUGCACCCCUCUCCACACCAGCAGUCCCAUCAGCACGACCCCCACGGCCAGCAGCAGCAGCACCCGCCCCAGCAGCGUCACGACCUGCCCCUGCCGCCCCCGCACCUGCAGCAGCACCCCCACCUGCCCAUGAUGCACCAGGGCCAGCAGCCCCCCUUCCGGCCACCGCUGCACGGCCUCCCGCAGGGCCACGCCCACCCCCGGACGCAUCCGCAGCACCCCCCGCCCCGGGCCAAUCCCAUCCGGCCCCGCAUGAACUCUCCCUCCCCCAUGCUCAAGCCCUCCAUGCAGCAGAUGCAGGGUCCGCCCCAGCGCAACAGUAACCUGCGGGAGCUCCCCGUGGCCCCGCCCAGCGCGGGGUUCGGCAGCCCCCGCCCCGCCUCCACGCCCGCGGCGCAGGUCAGGCCCAUCGCCCGGGCCCACCCGCCCGUCCGGCUUCCGGAAAGAACCGUGCUCCAGAAGGUGAAGAAGGAGCCCCCGGCCCCACAGCCCGGCGCUCCGCAGAAACCGCAGGACCCGGAGGAGGAUGAGGAGACGCGUCUGUACAGGAUGAAGAUUGAGGAGCAGAAGAGGCUGAGGGAGGAGAUCCUGAAGCGGAAGGAGCUGAGGAGGCAGAUGCAGGCGGGCAUGAGGAAGAGGGAGCUGCUGGAGAGACUGUCGGGCCAGCAACAUCAACAGCAACAACAACAACAACAGCAACAACAACAUCAGCCACAACAACAACAACAACAACAACAACAGCAACAACAGCCUCCCGACUCCACAACGCCCCCCAACGGCACCCCCAUGCCUCCCCAGCCCACCCCUACCCCCGCCCCCACCCCCGUCCCCGUCCUCACCCCCGCCCACAACCUCCGGCAGAAUGUGAAGACCCGGCUGCAGAUGGCCAAGGGCCCCGGCCAGGCCUUCCCCGGGGGCCCCCAGCAGAGCAUCCGGCCCCUGCAGGCGGGGCCCAACGCCCAGGCCCAGUGGCAGCAGAAGAAGGCCAUGAUGAACCGGCAGGGGCCCAUCAGACAGGGGCCCCAGUUCCAGACCCCCCAGGACCAGAGCAGGCCGGCCGUGCUGACGGCCGUGCCGGGGCAGGGGGCGGAGUCACGACCCGGGGUGAAGCGCACCGUCAUGCAGAGGACCAAUAGCAGCGGAGGGGAGGUGGCACCGGUCCCUCAGAAAGUGCGAGUGGUCAAACUGCUGGGAGAGGGCACAGAGGCAGCUGACGGGCCCAGCGCUCUCCCGCCGCAGCAGCAGAGGCUCCAGCCGGUUCCCCGGCAACCCCCGCAGAUCCGACUGGCUCCAGCCAUCAGGAAGGUCACCAUGGGAAGCGCCCCCCUGCAGCAGAUCCAGCCCCACAAGCCCAACCUGCAGCAGCUAGCGCCCCACGCAGGCCGGGGCGGGAUAGGCACCCCCCAGCAGAACAGGGUGGUGGUGCAGGGCCGUGGGCGGGCGGGGCCGCUCCAGAUGGGCAGGGGCCGAGGCACGGCGAGCAGGCAGGGAGCACGCCUGACCGACGGCCAGCCCCGCACCGUGUCCAUCGAGGGCCUCUCUUCCUCCACCACCGACGUCCAGCUGAAGAACCUGCUCAAGUCCAUCGGGCCCAUUCAGGUGCCCAGGCAGCUACAAACACGCGCCUCCGCCCCCCCAGCGCGGAGCCCCCUCCACUGCACUGUGUGUGGACCCCGUGGCGUAACUAGAGAUGUUCAACAUGCUCCCGCAGCAGAGGAAGGCCGUGGCCAAGUUCGUCCAUCCGCAGCACGCCUCCAGCUUUCAGCAGAGCUUCCACAGGCACAUGAUAGAUCUGUCGCACAUCGACGUGUCUCUGAUCGAUGGAUGAGUGGCGGGGAGGUGGCCCUCGGGCAGAGCUCGCGGAGGAGCGGUGUUGAGGACGGAGUCCCGCCUCCGCCCGGGCGCAGGGCCGACGGCCGCGGUGACGGACAGGCCCCGCGGAGCGUUUUCGGCACGGACACACAGACCGGCGGGCGGUGCGGCCAUGGGACACUUGAAGACUGUAACUGUUCUUUCCACCGUGUUAGCGUGACCGCACUCACGUGCGCCGAAACACAGCCCUGGCUACGGCUGACUCACUCCCGGCUAUCACAGGACUCUCAGAACUGGUGACGGUGUGUUCUACCCCUCUGUUUAAAGAACAAAUUGUGAAUAACUCUCGAUAAUGGUUGGUCUCAUCUUUAGACGUUUCAACACUCUGGCCCUGCUCAAGUUCGGACGUGUUUGUGGUUUGAAAUAAUAUUGCAGACCAAAAACCAGGUUUAGCAACUCGAGAGACUUUGACAUGUGAAUAGGGAACAUGGCUUCUGUUCGGCUAUUUUCCUUUUGAUGGUACCUCGCAUGUCCUGUAGAGGGCAGCAUUUGAUAGUUAACGUCCUAUUUAAGAGUCCUGUUUUUCUUUUCCUUUGCUUCUCUGUGAGACCACUCUGGAGCACUUUUAGUUUUCGGUAAAUGGCACCGCCUAGUGGGGAAUAUAUAUACAUGUAAGCCAUAAUCUUCUCUUACAAAAAGUAGGUGGGUUCGAUGCUAUUUCCUGUGGUUUAUAUUUGCGAAAUAGUUUGAAAAAUAUCUGCUUAACUCAUGAAACAAUAAGCCAGUUAUGAUAAGACAGUAUGCCUUCGCUGUAGUUUGUAUGUGUCGGUGUUGAAUGCAUUCUGGCACCAUAACUUGAAACGUAGGAAAACUAUUUGAUUUCAGGGCCGCCUGCUGCAGUCAAAAUCAAAACUCUUGCAUGGUGUACAUAUUUUUUCUCUUAAUCGCAACAAACACUUAAGUCGUUUGCUGUAGUCCUUUAUGUGUUUGGAAAGUUACCUUGCUGUAAUAUUAAAUAUUCGAGUAGUAAUAUCUCUCUUUUCUCUUAGAAGCUUGUAUAAACAGCAUGAAAAGAACGAUGAAAGCACAUUUGUGUAGCAGUUUUCGAGGAUCCUAAAGCUCUUGGCAUGGCUUCCACACACCAACCAGCAAGGGCUUAAAGAUAAAGACAUAAAGUCACAUAUAGUCCACCUCUCCCUUUCCCGCUGACUCCACCCGGGGUAACAAUCCACUCCGUAGUGUGCCCCCAUGCCCCUGCCCCCCUAACCCCCGCUCCACUGCCCCACCCACUCCCCCUUCACAGCCCCUCCCCCUUCACAGCCCCUCCCCAAAAUGGCGGAAUGAAACUGGCACUGUUGUGGCAGUGCAGCGCAGUACGACAGUGUAAAUGAGUUUGUGCAGCCGUUAGAGAGGGAGAGCGUCUCUAGCGUAUAGCUAUUCGGUUGAUGGAGAAAGCACGGCAGCCAUUUUGUGCUGGGUCACUCGCUUCAGUUGAAGAGGAGGGGCAAUGUUUCUUCUUAUUUAGCCCGUGAAGCUCGUCCUUUUCACUCCACUGUGGCCAAUUUUGCCGGGGCUGCUGUCAGAGGAGAUACUCCCAGAAACGCUGGGUUUAGGUUAUCAUUCAGAAAAACGCCGGCCUGUCAGUCUGUUAGCUGGAAAUCCUGUCUUUUAUUUAAGUCUUAGUAGCCUGCUUCAUUAAUUCAAGAUUCAGCAAGCACUGAGCUGUAGCUGGAAUGGUUCCCAAACUUUAAACCUGGUGGUUUCAGUGCAUAGCAGAGUGUUGUUCUGAGCAGGGAGUUUGUGCUCAGCAUGGGCUGUGCUUGUUGUGCUUUGAGAACUACAGGCUGAUGCAUCUCUUUGGCUGUACCAUUUUUUUAGAAAGUGCCCUUUUGUCUUUGAUUUGCUAUGCCGUUGUACUGUGAAUAUUUGCUUUUACAUGGGUGAAGUUUCUGUGUUGCUUUACAGUUCAGACAGACAUUGGUUUUACAUUGAAUAUGAGGACGGAUUCAAGGAAAUGUUUUUUAAAUGUUUUUUUAUUUUUAUUUUCGGGGAUAAGGUGACUUUGCAGUGCUCACUUGGUAUGGUGGCAUUAGUAUCUGUUUGUUUUUUGUUUUUUUAAUAUAAUUAUUCUCCGUUUUCCACUGUUGUAUACUGAGAGUGCGCUAUGUAUUUUGGCAAUUUCAUCUUUUAAAAUAUUACACUAACAAGAGCACGGUACUUCAUCCUGUAGAAAGGUUGUAUUAAUUGGCUUUGCUUAAAUUCAUCUGCUGUAGUGGUCAGGAGAUCAAGAGGUUUACUUUUUGUCGUAAAACUAAAGUGAAAAGAAGCAGUAGUUUUUGUUUUUAUAGACUAGGUCCAAAUCUGACCAUAUAUUGUGUCUUGGAGGAGCAGCAGAAAUGGGAGAAGUCAUGUCUGAACUGUAAGGCAUGGAGAUGUAACGUAUCAUUUAGAGUCAGGAUUUCCCAGUUCCUUUUAUGUGCUGCUGAAUCAUGAGCACCCUUCACGGCUUUUCCAGGUUUCCGAGUUUUCCUCCCUGUUUACAGAUAAUUACGGUGAAUCCCAGUUCGAAUGAUGCUUUCACAUCUCAUGUUCUUGAAUGAGGAUGGAUGUCCCCCCUACCUCUGUCUUAACUACAAUGCCAGCUCCCCGUGUAUUAACUGUACAUUGUGUGUGUAAAUCCGUGGCAGCCAUGGUUACAGAAUUCUGUUGACUGACUUGAUAAGGCUAAUAUUCCUCCUGAUUUGUGUGGGUCAUAUAGAGCUCAUACUAACGGACUUUGGGGUUAGAGUGAAAGGACUUGUCAUCUGUGUUUAGUCCAGUACCAUCUGGUCAUGAAAAGCAACAUGCCAGAAUUUAGGCCCAACUGCUUGGAAGUUGCUCUCGAUCUCUAAGCCAAACCUAACCAGUGUAUUAUCAAGUGGCAUACUGUCUUAUCGUCAAAAUGGUGAAUUUUCUUUAUAUUUUACACUAGUUGCAACAGUUGUUUCUAGCAUGUUCUGACAGUAUAAGCGACUUGUAGCAUCAGAAGCGAUCAUUGAAGCCUGAUGCUAUCCAGGUCGAGUCAAAUUUUUUCAGGGGCAAUCCUUGUAGAGCGUAUUUUCUUAUUUAGAGGAUGUGAGGCAACCAUUAUCGGUUUAUUCAUAAUCAUGUGAAUACACUACCAAAAAUAGGGUCUCAUGUACAGUAUGUUUCUGUUGAUCAGUGUUCUGGACUUUACUGUUUGGAUUUACGUAAGUGCGCAUCAACUGUUUCUGGAUUGCUUAUUGAUCAUUUUCUUGUGUAGCUUUUCUUUUCUUUUUUUAAACAAAGGUAUUGUGUCAAUAUAUGAAUAUUAAGUUCAAUAACACCACACAUAAGUACAUGUAUUAUUUGGUUUUUGACUGAAACAUAGGCCUAGUAAAUCAUUUUUUUGAAUUUGAGAGUUUUAAAAAAAAAUAAUAAAAAAAUGGAAACUGGCCUAAACAAGAGUUAAUUUUGAGUAUAUGAAGCCAAAUGCCUUUUUUGAAUCCAAAAUUUUGUGUGUACUGUGUUUGUGUUUUGUGUUCAGCCUGAAAUUGGUUUUGUGCCAGUAGCCAUCCGGUUGUGGUUAUGUUUAUGGUAAUGUUUGAGUUUACCCAUUCUCCCCCUCCCCUUACCUCUUCCUCUAACUGCCCAAGACCAUCUCACCUGUCCAAGUUAAACCAAGGAGGCUUUGUCUUUCAGAUUACUAAAUUACUUUUCCCCUCUCUAUGAUUAGUUGCAAAAAAGAGUCAGGUAACAUUGCGUAUGGAAAACUUACCUGUUAUAUCAAAACAUUGCACACGAUAAACAGUUGUUUUCGCACAUUCAUUAUUACUAAUUUCUCAAGAGUAA